AUGAGACCAAAGGUAUUGAUUCCAUAUCAGCAGACUUGGGAAGUUGCUUCUCAUAUCCCAGAAUGGGAGAAGUUGAAGGACAAGUUGGACUUCAUAGAGUAUAAGAUGACUAAUGCGGAUGACUUCCGCGAAUACUUGCAUAGCAACGAUAUCGCCGCGCUGUGGGUUACUGAGGAGUUCUUCCGGGUGCUCGGUGGGCCCACACCAUACAUUGAGGACUACCCAAGCAGCCUAAGGGUCAUUGCCGUGCCUUGGGUCGGUUGCGACUUCAUAGACGGGAAGAUGUUGUUAGAGAAGUACAAUAUUUACUUGUGUAACAUCGGACCCCACGCAGUGGACAACGUCACUGACUUGGCAAUCCAUCUGGUAGUCAGUUGUUUCAGAUUGACGUCCUUUUGGGAAUACUGUUUCAGGUUCUCGGAGCCAGGAAGCAUCGAUGAGUGUAAGAAAUACGUAGGCGGUACUAGUAAGGACCAGAUUACCAAGGAUGGUGCUUUGUACCCUCAGAAAUUGGACGAUGACCAAUCCAGAUUCCUGAAUCUCGCGAAAGAUUUCAAUGUGGCUGGCAAGAAAGUCGACUCACCUACUAAGAAAACAGCACUUAUUCUUGGAUUUGGCUCAAUUGGGCAAAACAUUGGCUCAAAACUAAAAUUCUCCUUUGACAUGAAAAUUAAGUACUACAAGAGGUCUGGUGAAGUUCCUAGAGAACAACUGGGCUACGAUGCAAUUUACUGCUCUGAUUUACAAAGUGCUGACACCUGGCAAGACGUCGAUGUCAUUGUCCUAGCACUUCCAGGAUCACCAUCCACCGAUGAUAUUAUCAAUGACUCUUCUUUGGGUAUGUGUAAGGAUGGUGUUCGUAUUGUAAAUGUUGGUAGAGGAUCCUGUAUCGAUGAAGAUGCUCUGAUUUCAGCCCUAGAUAGUGGUAAAGUCAACAGUUGUGGGCUUGAUGUAUAUAAAAAUGAAGAGACACUGAUCAAUGAAAAGUUUUUGAAGCGCUGGGAUGUAACACUAUUGCCUCACAUUGGCAGUGCCGUAGCUGACAUGAUGGUACGCCAGACAAUUAUUACCUUGGAUAAUAUUGAGGACAUCCUUUUGAAAAAUGGUGAAGGUAUUUACAGAGCCAAUUGA